UACGUCCCCAUCACAACCCAGCAUCAGAAACUGAGCAAAAUCGAAACGCUCAGGUUGGCAAGGAACUACAUUAUGGCACUUCAACGAAUGCUUCAAACCGGACGUCAACCAACUCCAUUGGAAUACGCUCACCAACUUUCAAUUGGCCUCAGUCAGACUACCACAAAUAUGCUCGCCAAUCUUUUGCAGGUGCAACCUCGUCUUCUACUGUUGCCCACGUCACCUGGAGUAAUGGAUCUUUCAUCGCCAACAGCAGGACCGGCGUAUCCUCAGCCGCCACCGUAUGACUUCAGUGGCGGUUCCGACAGCAGUUUUGAUAGCCCCAGCUCUUCCUAUCAAUAUAAUCCCUACAUGGGCUGA